AUGGCACCAAAGAAGGACGUAAAGAAACCAGCAGCAGCCGCAGCACCAGCACCUGCACCAGCACCAGCACCUGCACCAGCCAAGCCCAAAGAACCUGCCAUCGACCUCAAGAGCAUCAAGAUCGAGUUCUCCAAGGAGCAACAGGAUGACUUCAAGGAGGCCUUCCUCCUCUUUGACAGGACUGGUGAUGCCAAGAUCACCCUCAGCCAGGUUGGCGAUAUCGUCCGGGCACUGGGCCAGAACCCUACAAACGCAGAGAUCAACAAAAUUCUGGGAAACCCCAGUAAAGAGGAGAUGAAUGCCAAGAAGAUUACUUUUGAAGAGUUCCUGCCCAUGCUGCAAGCAGCUGCCAACAACAAGGAGCAGGGCACCUUUGAAGACUUUGUUGAAGGUCUGCGUGUCUUUGACAAGGAAGGAAAUGGCACAGUCAUGGGCGCUGAGCUCCGUCACGUGCUGGCAACUCUGGGUGAGAAGAUGACAGAAGAAGAAGUAGACGAACUCAUGAAAGGCCAGGAGGACUCAAAUGGCUGCAUCAACUAUGAGGCAUUUGUAAAGCACAUCCUUUCUGUCUAG